GCCUGGGCCGUGUCAGCGCUUCUGGCCUCCGGCAGGAAGCGAGCGGGCUGCGGCCGGGCACGCGGCUCUGAAGUACGGACCGACGUUUGGCUUACGGACAGAAAUGGGGAGAAGGCACGGCGGAGGCAAAGAGAAGCGAGGGUGGGGCUACCGCAGGCGCUGCCACCGCCCCCCUCGGCACCUGAGAUCCGACGGCAGUCGUUGGAGCCGCAGGCCUGAAGAGGAGGAAGCACAAAGCCCAGUGAAUGCAGGCCCCAGCUACAGUGGACAUCCUUCUUCUUCCAGUUCAACACAGAACUCUGCAGUUCCAGAACUGCCAGGAUUUUACUAUGACCCAGAAAAAAACCGCUAUUUUCGCCUCCUGCCUGGACAUAACAACUACAACCCGCUCACCAAGGAGAGCAUUCAGUACAAGGCUAUGGAGAGUAAGAGACUGAAACUCUUAGAAGAGGAAGAACAACAAAAGAGGAAAACAACAAGGGCUGGACUGAACUCAUCUGUGCUGUUACAGAAAAGGCAGCUAGGUUUGCUCAGCUCCACAAGUUAUUGCAGGCUGGUCCAUGAACUAAAAGUGAACUGCAUGCAGAGGAGGAAGAUAGAAAUUCACAGUCCAGAUUCCUCAGUUGCUGGAACCAACAAUUUUAAAAUAAUUGUGGCAGACGUUGCUUGUGAGCGGAUAUUUACUGUGAACGACGUGGAGCAUGGAGGAUGUAAAUACGGUAUCAUCAACCUCAGCGGUUUGGGGAAGGAGUCUCUCGCUGUGGAGAUGUAUGACAACCUCUACUUCACCAACCGCAAAGUGAAUUCUGUGUGCUGGGCGUCAUUGACUCAUCCAGACUCUCAUGUUUUGCUGUGUCUCAUGGGAAUUGCAGAAACUCCAGGCUGUGCCAGUCUGCUUCCAGCAUCAUUGUUCAGCAGCACUAAUCCAGGAGAUCGACCUGGAAUGCUGUGCAACUUCAAGAUAUCUACGGCCUGGUCCUGUGCUUGGUGCCUGAAUCCACAAGCAGACAACUGCUUCAGCACAGGCCUGACACGACGAGUUCUUGUGACCAACGUAGUGACAGGGCACCGACAGACAUUUGGAACCAGCAGUGAUGUCUUGGCACAACAGUUUGCCACCCAGACCCCAAUGCUGUACAAUGGCUGCCGUUCAGGUGAAAUUUUCAGCAUUGAUGUACGUCAACGCAACCGAAAGGGCCAGAACUGGAAAGCAAUUCGUCUCUUCCAUGACUCAGCAGUUACAUCUAUUCGCCUUCUCAAGGCAGAACACUACCUUAUGGCAUCAGAUAUGGCUGGAAAGAUAAAACUGUGGGAUCUGAGAACAGCAAAGUGUGUGAAACAGUAUGAAGGUCAUCACAAUGAAUAUGCUAUUCUCCCUUUGCAUGUAAAUGAGGAGGAAGGACUUUUUACAGCAGUUGGUCAGGAUUGCUACACCAGAAUUUGGAGUCUUCAAGAUGCCUCUCUGCUUAGAACCAUUCCUUCUCCCCACCCAUCCUCCAAAGAUGCUAUUCCCAGUGUGGUGUUUUCUUCGAGACUUGGAGGUAGACGAGGAGUUCCUGGCUUGCUCAUGGCUGUCAAACAGGAUCUUUACCACUUCUCCUAUAACUGACACCACUGAUACUCUCUUCUGACCCAGUAUAUAAUGCUGCUAGCCUAUACCUGACUUGGGAAUGUUUACGCACAUGUUGUUGCAUAACUACAUGCCACGUUUGCAUCUGCUUUACCUGAGAAAUUCCAAAUUUCUGUCAGCAGGUUUGGCAAAUCUUGCUGUAUACAUCUCAGGCAUUUAGUUAAUAAAAGCUGAAUGCUGAUUACUA